AUGUCCGAAUCGAAUCGUAAAUUUGAAAUUCGUGAAGCCAAAACAGAGAUUGAACUACUUAAUUGUUAUCCAGUUUUAAAAAUUCUUCGUCCUCACCUUAAAUAUAUCGAAGAAUAUAUUGAAAGAGUAAAUCGUCAACAAUCAAAAGGUUAUCGAUUGUUUUACAUCGCUGAUUCUGAUAAAGUGUUAAUUGUAAUUGGUUUCACUUUACGUGAACGUUUACUUUCAGGUAAAACAAUUUACCUGGAAGAUUUUUGUGCCCUCAACUGGACAAUUCACGAGGAACUUGGACCCUUAUUAAUUAACUGGAUCAUUUCAUACGCCAAGGAAUCUCAUUGUGAUAAUAUUCUUACUGAAUCAACUUUCACCCGUCAUGAAGUUCACCGAUUUUACCUUAAUCAUGGAUUUAAAAUUACUGCUCAUCAUUUUUCACUUCCAUUGAUUGGGAAAAAAGUUCCAACCACAUCAGAAUUGAAAGAAACGACAACUUAA